UUAAAUGGGAGAAACUUUUCGUCUACUGGAGGUGGAUGCGAAGUUUCCUGCUGAUCGCCUUGCAUUAAAAGGGCGUCAAUAAAAAUUUUCAGAUCAAGACGAGAGAGAGGGAGUUUCUGCUAUCUAAGAAAUGGGAAAGCAAACCCACACGCAUUGAAAAUGGUUGGAUGAGAUCGAAGAAAUUCAAAGGCGGGCGUUGAAAUUUGAGAGGGUGGUCCUUAAAUGCUCUUGUUUCGAUCCAUUUAAUUUGUAGAUUUACCUGUCACACUGCCAACAAGAGAAAUCUCUGUCUAGUUUCUCAGCAUAUAGGCCCUUCUCCUCUUCCUUCUCCGCCUCUCCCUCUUCCUCCAAUCAACAGGAACGGAUAGACUCCUGUUUCGUUGACUGCUAAGAGCGACCAUGGCGAUGGAGAAGAAAGAGGAAGAUGUGUUCAUCGGUUCCAUAGAUCAAGGGACGACAAGCACGAGGUUCAUCAUAUACGAUCGCCAUGGGAAGCCCAUUGCUUCCCACCAAGUGGAGUUCACUCAGAUUUAUCCUCAAGCAGGAUGGGUGGAGCAUGAUCCCAUGGAGAUCCUCGCAACAGUGAGGAUUUGCAUGGAGAAAGCAGUAGACAAGGCCACUGCUGCAGGAUACAACGUUGAUAAGGGUCUGAAGGCUAUUGGUUUGACUAAUCAAAGGGAGACAACAUUGGUGUGGAGCAGAUCGUCCGGGUUACCUCUUUAUAAUGCAAUCGUCUGGAUGGAUGCUAGAACGAGCUCAAUUUGCAGAAGGUUAGAACAAGAGUUACCUGGGGGAAGGACACACUUUGUUGAGACAGCUGGUUUGCCUAUAAGUACUUACUUUAGUGCAGUUAAGCUGUUGUGGCUACUGGAAUGCGUAGACGCAGUGAAAACUGCAGUCAAGACAGGCGAUGCUCUGUUUGGUACCAUCGAUUCAUGGUUAAUCUGGAAUCUGACUGGUGGAUGCGAAGGUGAAGAUAGGCAUGGUAAUAAAGUCCAUGGUAUCCAUGUUACUGACUGUUCAAACGCUGCCAGAACUCUUCUGCUGGAUCUGAAAACCUUAGAUUGGCACCUCCCUACCCUUGAAAUCUUCGGCAUUCCACGAGAGAUCUUGCCACGUGUUAUCAGCAAUGCCGAGGUAAUUGGAGAGAUUGCCAAUGGCUGGCCAGUAUCUGGUGUUACUAUUGCAGGCUGCCUGGGUGAUCAGCACGCAGCCAUGUUAGGACAGGCAUGUAGGAAGGGUGAGGCCAAGAGCACCUACGGCACAGGUGCUUUUAUUCUUUUGAACACGGGUGAGGAGAUUGUGCCAUCUACACAUGGGCUGCUUAGCACUGUCGCCUUCAAAUUGGGACCUAAUGUUCCAACAAAUUAUGCAUUGGAGGGGUCAAUUGCCAUUGCUGGUGCAGCAGUUCAGUGGCUGAGAGACAGCCUUGGUGUCAUUGAGACUGCGAGCGACAUCGAGGACUUGGCAAACUCGGUUGAGAACACAGGUGGUGUAUACUUUGUUCCAGCAUUCAAUGGCUUGUUUGCUCCAUGGUGGCGUGAUGAUGCUCGUGGCGUUCUGAUUGGCAUCACAAGAUUUACCACCAAAGCCCAUAUAGCCCGGGCAGUGCUUGAAAGCAUGUGUUUUCAGGUAAAGGAUGUGCUUGACUCCAUGCACAAGGAUGCAGGGGAAGGUGAAGCUAAAAAUGAGAAGGGUGAAUUUCUGCUGAGAGUUGAUGGUGGGGCUACUGUAAACGACCUGCUCAUGCAGAUUCAGGCAGAUCUAUUAGGCAGUCCAGUGCUGAGGCCAGCAGACAUAGAGACUACUGCACUUGGGGCAGCAUAUGCAGCUGGGCUAGCUGUCGGAAUCUGGACUCAAGAAGAAAUAUUCUCUGGCAUUGACAGUACGGAGAAACCUAUAACUUUUUACCCUUUGUUGGAUGAAGAACACAGAAAGAAGCGGUUUGAUUCAUGGUGCAAGGCUGUGUCAAGAGCAUUCGACCUGGCUGAUCUUUCAUUCUAAUUUCAAAUUUGGCUUCCAUCUCUUGAUCUUCUCAGAUAUUUUUCAAAAGAAUAAAAAAAUCUAAUUCUAUUUUA